AAAAUCCCCAAAAUAAAUAGAGAGAGAGAGAACUUCAAUUCAAGUUCUAAAAGACUCCGAAAGAGAAAAUUUUCUAGGGUUUUGUUUGUAAACGAGAGAGUAAAGAAAAAAACCAUGGAAGGCGAUGAUGAAACAACCUCAGUAACAAUGAUAGAUGAUGAAAUAUACAGUAAUGGUGGUGGUGAAGAUAAACGAAGUAAACCUAAUUUGAGUAGUGAAUUACUAGAUGUAGAAGUAUAUGCAGGUUUAUACAGCGGCAGAACAAAGAUAACGAGACUUAUGUUCGUUGCUGAUAGAUGUGGUAAUCAAGUCAUGAAGUUAGAUGCACUAAGAAUGGCUUAUGAUGAGAUUAAAAAGGGCGAGAAUACUAAUCUGUUUAAAGAAGUUGUUGAAAAGAUUGAUGGGAAGUUGGGGAGCGAGUAUUGUUUAGAUCAGAUCUGGGUUGAUAGUGUUGAUCGCAAGGCGGAAGUCAGGAAGGAGAAGCUUGAGAGUGAACUCAAUGCUUACAGGACAAAUUUGAUCAAAGAGAGCAUCAGAAUGGGAUACAAUGAUUUUGGAGACUUUUACUAUUCCCAUGGGCAUCUCGGCGAUGCAUUCAAGAAUUAUGCUCGUACUCGUGAUUACUGUACCACUUCAAAGCACAUCUUACAGAUGUGUCUGAAUGCAAUUUUGGUUAGUAUUGAGAUGGGCCAGUUCACACAUGUUGCAACUUAUGUUAGUAAAGCAGAGCAGACUCCAGAUGCUCUGGACCCUGUUGCAAUUGCAAAGCUACGGUGUGCGGCUGGGCUAGCUCACCUGGAGAGUAAAAAGUAUAAACUUGCUGCUCGCAAGUUCCUAGAAACAGGUCCAGAAUUGGGUAGUACCUAUACAGAAGUGAUAGCACCUCAAGAUGUGGCGACUUAUGGUGGAUUAUGUGCACUUGCCAGCUUCGACAGGGCCGAGUUAAAGAGCAAGGUGAUAGAUAAUUUCAACUUCCGUAAUUUCUUGGAGCUAGUACCUGAAGUAAGGGAGAUUAUUAAUGAUUUCUACUCGAGCCGUUAUGCGUCCUGCCUUGAGUUUCUUGAAAAUCUCAAAGCCAAUCUAUUGCUGGACAUUCAUUUACAUGACCAUGUCGAGACAUUAUACAGUCAAAUCCGUCACAAAGCUCUCAUCCAAUAUACUCAUCCAUUUGUGUCUGUUGAUCUUCGUAUGAUGGCUGAUGCCUUUAAAACUGAUGUUUCUGGGCUAGAGAAAGAACUUGAAGCUUUAAUUACUGACAACCAGAUUCAGGCCCGCAUCGACUCUCACAACAAGAUACUAUAUGCAAGGCACGCUGAUCAAAGGAAUUCGACUUUCAAAAAUGUUUUACAAAGUGGUGACGAAUUUGAUCGUGAUGUAAAAUCAAUGCUGCUGAGAGCCAACGUUCUGAAGUUUGACACCGGCAGUCAUCACAGGCAUCCACAUCACAGAAAAUUUUAAAACUCUUAGUUGCGUUAUCUUAGGCAUUCUGAUAUGCUGUACAUGGUCGACUUGGCUGGCCUUUUGAGUGGAGCCUCUGGAUGUUCAAAACCCUAACAGAUAGUUAAUUGCGUACAUUAAUCCUUUUGGUAUCCUAUUGUUGGGAUCAUGUUUAUAGUCGGGUUCUUUGGAUUACUGUAAACUAUAACUUGUUUUGUUUCACAGUAGAGGUUUCCUUUUUCAAAAAGCACACUUAUAUUAUUACAUUAA